AUGGAGCCAUCAAGUGGCAGUCCGUCCCCACGAACAACCAAGGAGGAUGGGAAUUCUUUGUAUCUUCUCUUUAUGAUCUGCUUCGUCGCAACGGCAAAUUCUGCAACACAGGGCUAUGACUCGUCCAUGAUGAAUGGCCUGCAAAUAUUACCUUCAUAUACCGAAUAUUUUAGGCUCACUACAACAACGCUUGCUCUUAAUGUUGCAAUUGUCUUCGUGGGAUCGGUGAUAGCCAUGCCCAUUGCUGGCCCAAUCAUUGAUAAUUGGGGACGAAGAUGGGGCAUCGCUAUUACAGCCAUUCUGGCAAUGACAGGGGCUGCCAUCCAGGGAGCUGCAGUCCACGAGGCCAUGUUCUGCUGCGGUAGACUGCUCGUUGGAGUCUCUGUCACCACGGGCGCCACUGCUGCACCAACAUAUAUUUCAGAGAUCGCACCGCCCAAGUACCGCGUCAUGCUAACUGGUUUAUAUGGAUGCUCAUGGUAUGUUGGUAGUCUUAUGGCUGCAGGUAUCACAUAUGGGAGUCAAUACAUCGAAAGCACGUGGUCAUGGCGUCUUCCAUCCCUGCUACAAUUUAUUCCCUCGAUAUGCUGUCUUAUCCCUUUACCCUUCAUCCCUGAAAGCCCGCGAUGGCUCAUUUACAAAGACCGCCAUGAUGAAGCGAAGGCCAUUCUCGUGAAAUAUCAUGGUAAUGGAGAUCCAUAUUCUACGCUUGUCGACAUCGAGUACACCGAGAUAUGCCAAACAUUGGAGCAUGAGAAAUGUAUGCAAAAGACGAACCUAAAGGCUCUAGUUCAAACUCGCCCCAAUCGAUGGAGAAUUGGUGUCGUUGCGGCUACUGGUUUUUUCUGUCAAGUGAGUGGUAACAACAUCAUUACUUACUACCUUAGCAGCGUCCUCGAUGCUGCAGGUAUUCAGGAUACGAAAACUCAGCUCGGUAUAAACAUUGGAAUGAGCGUUUUCAACCUUUUCACUUCUGCUGUCGGUGCCUGGGCAGCCGAUACAAUUGGACGUCGCAGAGGCUUUUUGGGCUCUACUGUUGUCAUGUCCUUACUUCUCAUAAUCGUUGCUAUUAUCACGAAAGAAUUUGGAAAUAACCCAACGGUUUCUUCCUCAGCUGCUGAAGUCGCCAUGAUAUUCCUCUUUUUCGGUGUUUAUUCUCUUGUGUGGACACCACUUGCAACGCUGUACCCGGUCGAGGUGUUGUCAUACUCGAUGCGUGCAAAUGGCAUUUCGUUCUUCAGUGCUGUCUGUUACGCCACAGCAUUCCUCAAUACAUUCGCAAUCCCAUAUGCUAUGAAUUGGUCGGCUUGGGGAUUUUACCUCAUCACAUCCUUCUGGAAUCUAUUGGUGGAGGUCCCUGUCAUGUACUUUUAUUUCCCAGCAACUGAGAAUAAGACGCUGGAGGAGAUUGAUAUCAUCUUUGAGGGAGUCAGACACACGGAGACUACAGUGACAGUUCGUGACAUCCUUCAAGGGGGCAAACACGCCGAAGUAGGUGUCAAAGUUGUUGAGGAAGAGGGUUAG